AUGUCGGACCAAGAUAUCAAACCAGCCGUGUCACUAUCACCAAGUGCAACCUCAUUAAAUUCAGAAAAUCCAAUAGUCAACAACAACGACGUCAGUGAUGCUGGAAGCACAAAUGGCAAUGGUAAAGAAAGGAGAAAAAUCGAAAUAAAAUUUAUUGAAAAUAAAACAAGACGACAUGUCACUUUCUCUAAGCGUAAACAUGGUAUCAUGAAGAAAGCCUUUGAAUUGUCUGUUUUGACUGGUACUCAAGUGCUUUUGUUGGUUGUCUCUGAAACUGGGCUAGUUUAUACUUUUAGCACGCCUAAAUUUGAACCUAUUGUCACCCAACAAGAGGGUAGAAAUUUGAUCCAAGCAUGUUUAAAUGCUCCUGAUGAAGAAGAAGAGGAAGAGGAGGAGGAAGAUCCAGAGGCUCGGAGACAGAGAAUAGCAGCACAACAACAAGCACAACAAAUACAACAGGCACAGCAACAAGUUCAACAACAUCAAGUUGCUAUGCAACAUGCACAACAACAAGGGCAAAUAACAGUUCAGCAACAACAACAAGCACAACAGCAACAACAACAACAGCCAGGACAAAUCCCAAUGCCUACUAAUCAAAUACCACCUCAAAGUGCAGCCCAAUUACAACAAUUACAACAGGGUAGUAAUGAGAAUCUACAUCCUUUCACUAUGGACAGUUUCCCAGGUCCAAAUGUUGGCCAAACAAACAAUCAACCAACCACGGGAAACAAUCCAACCAACAACAAUAUGAUAAAUAAUAAUAGUAACAAGCCAGACUCAUCGGUCAAUGGAAACAACAAUCCAAAUAACCCAGUGUAUCAACAAUAUUUUCAAUCAACACAACAACAACCUCAAUUUUAA